AUGGAACGCCGAAUUCGCAAAGAUCCCGGAGGUGCCUCUCUGACACCAGCAUCAUCUGAUCUCCAUCCGCGUGAGGAAAACGGAAACAACGAUGGCGAUAGUAGAAUGAAGAAGGCAGCUGGUUCUGGAACCACGAGUAGCCAUGGAUGGAUCUGGAUGUCUAUGCUGGCGACACUAUACGGCCUGCAGCCUAUCUGGAUAUCCAUUCUGGUAAUGCCAUGUAAUCAUGUGGAGAUGAUUGUAUGGUACUUGUCGAGUUGUUCUGGACGCCUCGCUCGAGGCAGUGCUGACGCCAUCAUCGUCAGCCAAGUGAUGGCUGUCGACAUCGCCAAGAUCAUCUGUUCUCUCGCUGUGGUGCUUCUUGACGGAUCAGCCUGGCGGUUAUGGCACAGCUGGCGGAUAAGAGAGUUCCUACAGGGAUCCAUGGUGCCGGCCUUCGUGUACACCGUGCAGAACGUGCUUAUCAACAUCGCUUAUCGCCACCUGCACCCGGUCACCUUCGCCAUGCUUUCUCAGACGAAGCUUCUCUUCACCGCCCUCUUCAACUUCAUUUUCCUCAGGCAGAAGCAGUCUUGGCGCCAGGUCUUGGCCCUGCUCACCAUGCUCGUAGCAGCUGUGCUCCUCUCCAUCGCCGACCAUGUGGAACUCUCCCUCUGGGGGGGGAAGGGGGCGGGCGAGGGAGGCGGGGAAAGAAAAGAAGGGAGUGGAGGGUUGACGGAGAGUCUAGCGGCGUCGGUGGUGUUUGGAGUGGUUCCCAUGCUGGCAGCGUCUGUCACGUCUGGGUUCGGCUCCAUGUACUGCCAGUGGGUCUCCCAGGUGAAGGGCCGCAGCUCCUACCUGAUGACCGUCGAGAUGUCCUCCUUCAGCUUCUGCCUCCUCCUCGCCUCCCUCCUGCUCGUACCCUCAUCGCAUGAUGCAGUGCGCAUGAGGCAGCUCGGCUUCUUCCACGCCUGGACCCUCCUCUCCACGGUGCCCAUAUUAAACAACGCACUGGCAGGCAUCCUGGUCGGGGUGGUGGUGCAGGUGUCUGGGGGUCUCAAAAAGGGCUUCGUGAUGAUAAUAGCGCUGCUGGUGACAGCAGCAGCUCAGCUUCUCCUGGAAGGCGAGCCUCCCCCACUGCUGGUGUGGGUGGCCUUCCCCAUGGUAGUGGCCAGCACCCACAUGCAUGCUGCAUACCCUUCUCUCCUCCAUAGUUCUGAUGGUGGCAUUCCCCAUGGUGGCAUUCCCCAUGGUGGCAUUCCCCAUGUUGGCAUUCCCCAUGGUGGCAUUCCCCAUAUGGUGGCAUUCCCCAUGGUGGCAUCCCCCAUGGUGGCGUUCCCCAUGGUGGCAUCCCCCAUGGUAGUGGUCAGCAGCACUUACGUGCAUGCGGCCUACCCAUACAUGGAGAGGAAGGGGACGGGUGGGGAGGAGGAUUCAGAUCAGGAAAAGACACAGAAGAGCUGUGCCUCGUCCCCUAUUGGUAUGGACAGUGUUCCUUUCCCCUGCUGGCAGUGCAGCUGGUGA